AAACAACAAAUAAAAAAAGAAACAGUCGUAGAUAUGGGGCAUCACUUGGUCGCCGCGAGACGGACCGGAAUGAGUCCAACCAGCGCAAGAUGGAGGGCAGAAUCUGCCACCAACGACUGAGUAACCAGGCCUGCCAGGUUACCAAGGUCCCAAAUUGUGGGCUUCGUCUGCUUGGCUCUCCCAAGAGACCAUCCAACCACGUGGGCUCUUUGGGCUUGCCAAUGUCAGCAGCAAGUCUUUUGGGAUUUUCAUCUUUCACCGGUUUCAAAUUUUAUGCAUGUAUGUUCUGGUUAGCUAAUGCAGCUGCAUGGGCCCAGUGUGCCAAUGGAUGCUGCCCAGUGUCGUACUUGGUGCCGAUGCUGGCGAUGAGAUGAUGGAGGAGUGCUGCAUGGCUACGAAGCAUUGCUGGUAAGGCUUAUGACUGUGAUGUGACGCCUCCCUCUCAACUACCUACAACAGUAUCUGCGCUCAUUGGAGUCCAGAGGUCAAAAAAAAAAAAAAAUCAACGCAGUCACAUAGUGGCGUCCAAAGUGUCUUCUCCUCACUCCGCCAUGCGCCCUAGGCUGCAGAAGCUUCAAGUCGGUGCUUGAUCUAGCG